AUGCUCAAUGCUCAAAAAAAAGAAAGAAAGUCAGAAACACUCAAAGACGUGGACCCUUCACGUGUUGUGAGGCCCACUAUAGAGAAAAGUGAAAACGCCAAGUUCCCAUUACGGCAUUACCUGAUGAGUAAACAUUCGGUCCGGGCGUGGCGUAAAACCAGUGUUUUAUGCCACGCCAAUGAGAGCUUGCCACGUCAAAAAAACUCCACACAGCAACAAAAAAAAAAAGAGUCUCUCACAGAAAACCCUUCACGCACGCACAGAGCUUCCUUCAAACCUCCUUCACGCUCACAAAGAACCUCCUUCACGCCGAACCUCCACAACCUGCUCGCACGCUCGCCGGUUCACGCCAUUUGCUCUGCUUCCUCUCUUCCUUCACGCCGAACCUCCACCACCGCCACACAGAUCGCCGGUUCACGCCAUUCCUCUGCUUCGUCUCUUCCUUCACGCCGAACCUCCACCACCGCCACACAGAUCGCCAGAGCAGAACGAUUUCGAAGAAGAAGAGUUCGCCGGAGCUUGGAAACAAACCUGAGCCGCCGUGAGCCACGAUCCAAAGAAUGUCAAAGGCAAAUAUUAGAAGUAGGAGUAAUGGUUGAAGAAGCAAAGCGCUCACUAGGGAUAAAUGUGGAUGGAAUUGAAGAUGGAGAUGCUUUUUUGGAGAAAGAAAACGAAGAAAUUGACAGAAGUGGACCACCUUUGGAACUAAAUAUUGGAAGCUUCUUAUCACAUGCUUUUGAUGGAGCCGUAAAUGUGUCUUAGAAUCUUUUCCUUUUUGUUUUUGCUUCUGUUGGUCUAUAGUAUUGUUUUAAGAUGAAGCUACUUAGUCCUUUUCCUAUCAAAAAAUCAAUUUCAAGGUAAUGUCCAUAUGUGCUAGAUACCAUAUUUUGAAGAUGGUUAUAUAAUUGCUAUAUCAAACUUAAAAGCUAUAGUAUGUAAUAUGCAAAAUUCGUGUCUUAUAAAAUGUGGCACCCAUUUAGAAUU